AUGCCGAAUAUUCUUCUGUCAGUCACUUGGUAUCCAUGGGUUUAUUAUAUCAAUCAUAAUGAUAAAAUAAUCAGUGAUAAAUAUACAUUUGCAUUCAAUAUGGCAUCCUUAUCUCAAAUAGUUCUUUGUCCAAUCGUUGGUUUUCUUCUUGCAUUUCGAGCAGAAAAGAAUCCAGAACAGAAGCUACUGAAUGCUUCGAUUGUUCAGACAUGUGCAUGGAUUUUAAAUAUAAUAGCAUGUAUUAUUUGUAUGUUUGUCAAAUCUACCGCUAUUAUUCCUGCAUUAAUUUUUAACUAUAUUGGUCGUUCAGUGAUUGUAGCUGGUUCACAAGCAGCUAUUUCUAUAUUUUUUCCAUCUGAAUAUAUCGGUAGAUUAACUGGUAUUAUGUGGACAUCAGCAGGAGUUAUCACUUGUAUUCAAUAUGGACUUGUUCAUUUAACAACAGAUGUAUCUCAAUCGUGGAGAGUGAGACUCUUCGAAUAUAUAUUUAAAUUCUGUAUUUCCUAUAUUUAUUUUCAUGUAGACAUGGGUCAUCGUUUUGAUAUUGAUUAUAUUCAUGUCAUGCCAUUUAAUUCAAAUAUGGUUUAUUACUUUCAAAAAAUUUCGAAAGAAUAUACAAGAUGUUCAAUCUGA